AUGAACAUCAACUGCUAUAAAGGUGAAAGCAGCUGGAGAAAGGUCUACCAUGGGCCACUUGGAAAAGGAUCGCUCUUUGCCUUUGCUUUCCUAGGGAGAAGAGUGAAUAAAGGAAUUGCAGCAAUGGAAAUUUCAUCGGCAAAAUGGCUUUCUGAAUUGGGUGUGGAUGAUUACAACUACAUCCACCAAAAUUAUGAUGGGUUUACAACGCAUGACAUAGCCACUGCGAUUGAAGAGAAUUUUCAACAAUCUUUCUCUUCUGAAAGCUAUUGUUCAUACCCUGCCUUCAAUACCAAAACUACCCUCAGUAAUUCUUCUAUUGAAACUUCUCAGAACAGCCUUAAGAGGCCUGCCAAACAGACAAAGACAAACAGUUGGGAUUCUGCCGUUACAGACCAUGUUUCACCAAAACCUUCUUCUUCCUCCCAUAUUCUUUCAUUUGAGAAUUCGAGCACACUCCCAGCUGCCAACCCUAAGCAGUUCUACACAACUCUUGACUCUUCUUUGGAGCUGAAGGCCGACGAGAUUGUCUCCCAAGUAAAUAUUCACGGAUCUUUGAUUUCCAAGGGCUCCUUAGAGAACCAGAACUUUGCUCCAAAAGCCAGCCACGGGGCUAAGAGGACUUACUCAAUGACUAGAGCACCACCAAAUGCUCAAGAUCACAUAAUCGCCGAGAGAAAGCGUAGAGAAAAGCUCAGCCAACGGUUCAUAGCUCUUUCCGCCAUUGUUCCAGGCCUAAAGAAGAUGGACAAAGCUUCUGUUCUUGGAGAUGCAAUCAAGUACUUGAAAGAGCUUCAAGAACGCGUAGAAUUUCUUGAGGAACAGACGAAGAAGAGAACAGUGGAAUCUGUAGUUUUCGUGAGGAAGUCUCAGCUCUCUGCUGAUGACGACACGUCUUCAUGUGAUGAAAACUUCGAUGGCCGCUCUGAGGAAGCCCUCCCCGAACUAGAAGCAAGAAUUUCAGAAAAGGAUGUACUUAUCCGAAUCCACUGUGAGAAACAAAAAGGAGUAAUUGUGAAAAUAAUAAGCGAAAUAGAGAAGCUUCAUCUAUCUGUUGUCAAUACCAGUGUCUUGCCAUUUGGGAAUUCCACACUUGCUGUUACCGCUAUUGCUCAGAUGGACGAUGAAUUCGACAUGAAAGCGAAGGAUUUACUGAAACUCCUACGCGUGGCUUUACUAAAGUACAUGUGAAUUUAACAUGGUAGACAAAGAUGAUCAGUUCGUGCAUUGAAUUUGAAGACUUGAUUGUUUCAACCUGUACAUCAAGUGCAUUUGUUAUUUUCCAGAUCAAUAGAAGUCAAGGGCCUGCAGCAGCACUCUCCUUUUUUUUUUCCCCCCCUUUUUUGGGACCAUUUGCCUUGA